AUGCUUCCACGCACCAAGUACAACCGCUUCAGGAAUGACUCGGUGACAUCGGUCGAUGACCUUCUGCACAACCUGUCGGUGAGCGGCGGCGGCAAGGUCUCGGCGGCGCGCGCAGCCCCGGCGGCGGCCCCCUACCUGGUGUCCGGAGACGCGCUGCGCAGGGCGCCCGACGAUGGCUCGGGCAGCCUGGGUCACCUGCUUCACAAGGUGUCCCACCUGAAACUCUCCAGCUCGGGUCUUCGCGGCCUGUCUGCGGCCAGGGAGCGGGCAGGCGCGCGGCUCUCGGGCAGCUGCAGCGCUCCUAGCCUGACCACCCGGGACGGCAGCGCGCUCCCCGGCCCCCGCGCCCCUGCCAUGCGCGCAGCCAGGAAGAGCCGGCCCGGUGACGAGCAGCCACCCCGCGCAGGCCCCGCCAGCGACCAGGUGCUGGGGGCCGGAGUCACCUACGUCGUCAAGUACUUGGGGUGCAUUGAAGUUCUUCGUUCAAUGAGGUCUCUUGACUUCAGUACAAGAACACAAAUUACCAGGGAAGCCAUCAGCCGUGUUUGUGAAGCUGUCCCUGGCACCAAGGGAGCCUUCAGGAAAAGAAAGCCUCCAAGCAAAAUGCUGUCCAGCAUCCUGGGCAAGAGCAACCUUCAGUUUGCGGGGAUGAGCAUCUCCCUGACCAUAUCCACUGCCAGCCUGAACCUGCGGACGCCGGACUCAAAACAGAUUAUAGCGAAUCACCACAUGCAGUCUAUCUCCUUCGCCUCCGGGGGGGAUCCGGACACAACAGACUAUGUUGCAUAUGUAGCUAAGGACCCCGUUAAUCGCAGAGCUUGUCACAUUCUGGAAUGCUGUGAUGGGCUGGCCCAGGAUGUCAUUGGCUCCAUUGGACAAGCCUUUGAGCUCCGAUUUAAGCAGUAUUUGCAGUGUCCAUCCAAGAUUCCUGCUCUUCAUGACCGAAUGCAGAGCCUGGAUGAGCCAUGGGCUGAAGAGAAGGGAGAUGGCUCUGAUCAUCCAUACUAUAACAGCAUCCCAAACAAGACACCUCCUCCAGGAGGGUUUGUUGAUGCUAGACUGAAAGUGAGACCCAAUGCCUCUGACAUAGCCCAGUUUUCAGGAAAAGAACAAACCUAUUACCAGGGAAGACACUUAAGAGACCCAUUCGGUGAAGACUGGCAGCAAACACCUGUCAGGCAAGGAUCCAUGGACACCUAUAGCAUGCCAGAAGGAAAAGCGCAUGUGGCCUCUACGGGAGAAGCCCCCACCUAUGUGAAUACCCAGCACUUCCCUCUGCAGACUGGUUCGACUGCAGGGAGCAGUGCAGAGAGCAGCCCCAGGAAGGACCUCUUUGACAUGAAACCUUUUGAAGAUGCUCUAAAGAACCAGUCCACAGGACCUGUGCUGAGCAAGGCUGCCUCUGUGGAGUGCAUCAGCCCUAUCUCACCCAGAGCCCCGGAUGCUGUGAUGCUGGAAGAGCUGAAGGCUGAGCCUUGGUACCAAGGCGAGAUGAGCAGAAAGGAGGCAGAGGGGCUUCUGAAGCGAGACGGAGACUUCCUGGUCAGGAAGAGUACCACCAACCCUGGCUCUUUCGUUCUCACUGGCAUGCAUGAUGGCCAGGCCAAGCAUCUUCUGCUUGUGGACCCAGAAGGCACGAUCCGGACAAAGGACAGGAUCUUUGACAGCAUCAGCCACCUCAUCAAUCACCACCUGGAGAACAGUCUGCCCAUUGUCUCUGCCGGGAGUGAAUUGUGCCUCCAGCAGCCUGUGGAGAGGAACCCGUGA